CCAACGCCACCGUCGUGGGACUUGAGCGGCACCACCAUGGUUCAGUACAGCAAGGAGAUCGAAGGCACUAAGUCCGCAAAGGCCCGCGGGUCUAACCUGCGGGUCCACUUCAAGCACAUGCGCGAGGUGGCGCACCUGAUCAAGGGCAUGAAGCUGUCCAAGGCCAAGGUGUACUUGCAGGACGUACUUGAGUACAAGCGCGCGGUGCCCUUCACCAUGUUCACCGGCGGCGUCGGCAGGCACGCUCAGGGCAAGCUGCCUAUCGCCAAGGACUACAUGGGGGACCCGUCCAGCAAGACGGUGCCGGGAAACAAGCACAAGCACACCUUCGUGUCUCCCGGAAGCAAGUGCCGCUGGCCUCAGAAGGCGACCCGCAUCGUUCUCGACCUCGUCAAGAACGCCGAGUCUAACGCCGAGAGCAAGGCAUUGGACGUGGACAGUCUGUACAUCGUACACGUACAAUGCAACCGCGCGCCGAAGCAGAGGCGCCGCACCUACAGGGCCCACGGACGCAUCAACCCCUACAUGUCCAGCCCCGCACACAUCGAGCUCAUCCUCUCGGAGAAGGAGGUUCAGGUGAAGAAGGGCGACGAGCCCAAGAAGCCUACCCGCAAGCAGGUGGCCAAGACCCGUUUCGUCAAGGCUGGUGGCGGCGUAGAGGUCUAAGCUGUAGCCCCUACUCUCGCUGCUGUUGGUUGCUCGCUGCCGCUGCCGCAACAUGAGUGGACUACGCGUAGGUCCCGAAGAGGGUUUGGUUUUUCGUCGGGAGCGCGCGUGCGUUUCUCGGGGGAAUUUCCGAAAGCCUUGCUUGCUUGUUCGAGCGAGCGGGUUGUUGCUGCUGCUGCUGCUCUUGCGUUGUGGCGGUUGCUCGCUUGCCCGAAAGCGCGCCACGCUUGGUGUCGCGUGGUGCGACUGGUGCCCGGACGGUUAUUAAAAACAUAAAAAAAAUAUGUCUUGUGGAGUUUUCUGCACGUUUGUUGCUCGAUUGCCGAGAACGGCGGCGGCAGUAUUUUGUUUCUGUCGCAACCGGUUACCCUUGUCAGACCUCAAGCUGUCAAAGGAUUUUGAAUGGUGCGUGAAUUGGUGUCGUUUGCCACCGCGCUACUCUGAGGUUGUUGUCGUUGUGUGGCGAUCUCACGCGCGUGCGGCGGUUGGCGUUCAUGCCCCCGGUACUUGGGCUGACCCCCAUACCCCCAUUGUCAUGUGGUGUUGUUGCUGGUGAUUCCGAAAGCUGCUGUCGCUCGCUCUCUCUUCGUGCGGGGGUCGGACUUGAUGAUGCUAGGGUAGCUAGGAUGGCCACCUCAUUUCUCACUUUCGGGUCGCGAGACACAGCAGCUCUGGUUGACACGCUAUCACCUCCGCCGCAUGGCAAAAAAGUGUGUAUGGGUAUGUACCUGGGAGGCAUCGUGGAGGUCAACGAGCCCAUAUGGUCGAGUCCUAUGCAACAUGGCUGUACGAUUGCCCGAACAGGACUCUACGCGGUUCGUUCGAAAGUGCAAGAUUUCAAGAUUUCACCCCAGAAGUGC